AUGGCUGUUUUUUGGGAGCUCCAGUCCUCUUCUUUCGGAGGGUCCAGACUAGAGCGGCGCGUGGACGGGAAAGGUGAGCGUGGAGAGGGGGGGGGGGGCGCGCGGACAUGCCAACAGAACCAGCCCACCCGCGCACGUGACGCCGCCACAGCACGAGCUCACAGUUCCCGGAGGCGCGCGCAGGUGUCGCGGGGGGGCAAGAUGACCGUGGUGCCCGCGGAGAACCUGGACGAGAGCGUGGCCCUGUCCGCGCACGACGCGCACGAGCGCGACCAGGACCAGGACUGCUGCGAGCGCGUGGUCAUCAACAUCUCGGGGCUGCGCUUUGAAACCCAGCUCAAGACCCUGGCCCAGUUCCCCGAAACCCUCCUGGGGAACCCCAAGAAGAGGAUGCGCUUCUUCGACCCGCUCCGGAACGAGUACUUCUUCGACCGGAACCGGCCCAGCUUCGACGCCAUCUUGUACUACUACCAGUCCGGGGGCCGGUUGAGGAGGCCGGUCAACGUGCCGGUGGACAUCUUCAUGGAGGAGAUCAAGUUCUACGAGCUGGGCGAGGAGGUGAUCGAGAACUUCAAGGAGGACGAGGGCUUCAUCAAGGAGGAGGAGCGCCCACUGCCGGAAAACGAGUUCCAGAGGCAGGUCUGGUUGCUCUUCGAGUACCCGGAGAGUUCUGGUCCCGCCCGGGGAAUCGCCAUUGUCUCGGUCCUGGUCAUCCUCAUUUCCAUAGUGAUCUUCUGCCUGGAGACCCUUCCCGAGUUCCGGGAGGAGACCAGGGUGUUCGACGAGCUGCUGGCCACCAACGGGACGGCUCGGCCCAGGAAGCCCAACCCCUUCACGGACCCCUUCUUCAUCGUGGAGACCCUCUGCAUCAUCUGGUUCUCCUUCGAGCUCCUGGUCCGGUUCCUGGCCUGCCCGAGCAAGGCCGCCUUCUUCAAGAACAUCAUGAACACCAUCGACAUCGUGGCCAUCAUGCCCUACUUCAUCACGCUGGGGCUGGAGCUGGCCGAGCACCAGGGCAACGGCCAGCAGGCCAUGUCCCUCGCCAUCCUGAGGGUGAUCCGCCUAGUGAGGGUCUUCCGCAUCUUCAAGCUUUCCCGACACUCCAAAGGCCUCCAGAUCCUGGGCCAGACCCUGAAAGCUAGCAUGCGCGAGCUGGGGCUGCUCAUCUUCUUCCUCUUCAUCGGGGUCAUCCUCUUCUCCAGCGCGGUCUACUUCGCGGAGACCGACGACCCGCACUCGGGCUUCUCCAGCAUCCCGGACGCCUUCUGGUGGGCGGUGGUUUCCAUGACUACGGUGGGCUACGGCGACAUGUGCCCGGUGACCAUCGGGGGGAAGAUCGUGGGCUCUUUGUGCGCCAUCGCGGGGGUUCUGACCAUCGCUCUGCCCGUGCCCGUCAUCGUCUCCAACUUCAACUACUUCUACCACCGGGAGACGGAGGGCGAGGAGCAGUUCCAGUACACGCACGUGUCCUGCGGCCAUCAGCAGCCGGCGCCCGCGUUCGGCCAGUUCCAGGAGAGCCACAGCAGGCCGUCCCUGACCAAGUCCGAGUACCCGGACAGCGAGGACGCCGACUCCAUAAAAUACACCAACUGCAGCCCCCACAAGGCCUACACCGGCAAGCUGAGCGACAACCUGGCGUCGGAGACCAACUCCAGCCGGCGCAGCUCCUCCGUGGUCAGCAAGUCGGAGUACAUGGAGAUCGACGAGGACUUGAACAACAGCAUCGACAACUUCCGGGAAGCUAACCUUAGGACUGCCAACUGCACGGCCCCCAGCCAGAACUGCGUGAACAAGGGGAAGCUGCUCACAGACGUGUGA